AACAACCGUGAGUGUUCAACUCACAGUUCUUGGAAAAACUUAAAGAAAAAAUAUUAUAAAAAAUAUAAAAUUCUUAAAAAUCUUUAUACAAAAACAAGCUCAUAUUUGAAACGUCAUAUUUUAAAAAGAAACCUCUUAAAAAAAUAGCAAAAUUGUAAUUUAUAAAAAAAAAAAAAAAAGUCAACGGAAUCCUACGCCGAAGUUUCCUUCCCUGAAGGAAGAGCCCUUUGAAGACAUUAUUUUUGGGAUUGUCAUUUUUAAGCUUUGGCAUUUGUCGAGCUGGGAACAGCUCGAGGCUGCUGCCUGCGAGUGCACACGCUGAGAUCGGACGCACGCAGCUCGGACCAACGCUACCCGUUAUACUGGCUGGUUCUUUUUUGCCUUUGACGAAAAGGCAUUUUUAUUAAUUCCUUUCUGAGAUAUGAACACAGCUACGGGAAGUUAUCCAAUGGCUUCUCUUUACGUUGGCGACCUGCACCCCGACAUCACCGAGGCGAUGUUGUAUGAGAAAUUCAGCCCGGCCGGACCCGUGCUCUCCAUUCGGGUCUGCAGAGACAUGAUCACCCGCAGAUCCCUGGGAUAUGCAUAUGUCAACUUCUCUCAGCCUGCAGACGCCGAGAGAGCUCUGGACACCAUGAACUUUGACGUUGUAAAAGGAAAGCCAAUCAGAAUCAUGUGGUCCCAAAGAGACCCCUCCCUCAGGAAAUCUGGAGUGGGCAACGUGUUUAUCAAAAACCUUGACAAGUCGAUUGACAACAAAGCCCUGUACGACACCUUCUCUGCUUUUGGAAACAUUCUCUCCUGCAAGGUGGUGUGUGAUGAGAACGGCUCCAAAGGUUAUGCGUUUGUUCAUUUUGAGACGCAGGAUGCAGCUGACAGAGCCAUUGAGAAGAUGAAUGGCAUGCUCCUGAAUGACCGCAAGGUGUUUGUGGGUCGUUUCAAAUCCAGAAAAGAACGAGAAGCUGAACUUGGAGCCAAAGCCAAAGAGUUUACCAAUGUGUACAUUAAAAACUUUGGGGACGACAUGGAUGAUGACAGACUCAAAGAGCUCUUUGAUAAAUAUGGUAAAACACUCAGUGUCAAAGUAAUGACCGAUCCGUCUGGCAAAUCCAGAGGCUUUGGCUUUGUCAGUUAUGAGAAACAUGAGGAUGCCAACAAGGCUGUUGAAGACAUGAAUGGCACCGAGCUCAACGGCAAAACUGUGUUUGUGGGUCGCGCUCAGAAGAAGAUGGAGAGGCAGGCAGAACUGAAGAGAAAAUUUGAGAUGCUGAAGCAAGAGCGGAUUAGCCGAUAUCAGGGAGUAAACCUUUACAUCAAAAACCUGGAUGACACAAUAGAUGAUGAAAAAUUGCGCAAGGAAUUUUCUCCUUUUGGAUCCAUCACAAGUGCAAAGGUGAUGCUGGAGGAGGGACGCUCAAAAGGUUUCGGCUUUGUCUGCUUCUCCUCCCCGGAGGAGGCCACUAAAGCGGUGACAGAAAUGAAUGGACGUAUAGUAGGCUCUAAACCUCUGUAUGUGGCCCUGGCCCAGCGUAAAGAAGAACGCAAAGCCCAUCUCACUAAUCAGUACAUGCAGCGGAUUGCAGGAAUGCGGGCCAUGCCCGCUAAUGCCAUCAUUAACCAGUUCCAGCCGACCAGUGGCUACUUCAUGCCAGCUGUGCCACAGGCCCAGAAUCGAACCACAUACUAUGCGCCCAAUCAGCUGGCUCAAAUGAGACCUAACCCUCGGUGGCAGCAGCAGGGUGGUAGAGGUCAAGGUGGGUUCCAGGGCAUUCCAAACUCUCUGCGUCAGCCAGGACCACGAGCUAACCUCAGACACAUGAGUCCUGGUAGCAGCGGCCAGGGCCCAAGAGCCACCGGCCAGGCAAUGGCUACUCGCCCUUCAGUGGGGGUUGCUGGUCCUAGAGCAAUUCCUCCAUACAAGUAUGCUACUGGUGUUCGUAAUCCUAACCCACAGGUUGUUCAGCCGAUUCCAUUGCAGCAGCCUCAACCUGCUGUGCACGUCCAGGGCCAGGAGCCUCUCACCGCUUCUAUGCUGGCAGCUGCACCUCCACAGGAGCAAAAGCAGAUGCUAGGAGAGCGCCUUUUUCCACUGAUUCAGGCCAUGCAUGCCAACCUGGCUGGAAAGAUCACUGGCAUGUUGCUGGAGAUUGACAACUCUGAGCUGCUACAUAUGCUGGAGUCUCAUGAAUCUCUGCGUUCAAAGGUGGAGGAAGCUGUGGCCGUCCUGCAGGCACACCAGGCCAAGAAAGAUGCCACUCAGAAAGUUGGUGGCAUGGCUCCUUCUGCCUCUGCUCCCUCCUCCUAAAAUAAAUGCUGGAAGUCUUCUAAUUUAAAAAAAAAAAAAAAGUAAUUAUAAAAAUAUAAAAAUACAGACACAGGUUUGUAAUUGUAACUUAGAUAAAUAUUGUAAAAAUAAAAAGUGAAAAUGAUCUGAGGCCAAGGAGAGACACAUUUUUAUGAAAAUGAAGCCUGCUCUUUGCUUAGCUUCAAAAUGUAAUAAUUAAUUUUAAGUGACUGACACCAUGUUUUCUUUGACAUGCUGUAAGCCCAUUCGAAAUAAAGUGAAGA